AUGGCCUACCGAACCACUCUGGAUCUGCUCUUUAAAUCACAUCACUUUGUCCCCAACUACAAAUGUGGCAUUCAGAAAAAUGUAGUAGGAGUCAUUGGGGGACUUAGCUCUGAAACCUCCUCAUCCAUGGCAGAUGUCUUAGGUCUUUACAAGAUUCCACAGAUUUCAUAUGGUUCAUUUGAACCAGCCACAAAUGAUCAAAUCAAACGUGGUUUCUUCUACCGCAUGGUCCCCAAUGAAGAUCUUCAGUUCAAGGGAAUUAUCCAGUUACUUCUGCAUUUUGGAUGGAAAUGGGUCGGGCUCAUCACUCCAAAUAAUGAAGCUGGAGAACGUUUCUUGCAGAUCAUUGAACCAAUGCUUUUCCAGAAUGGAAUCUGUUCAGAAUUCACUGAAAAAGUGAAUGCCAUCUGCAUUUCACUGAUUUCAUAUGGUUCAUUUCAACGAGCCACGGAUAAUCAAAUCAAAUUCUCUUCCUUUUACCGCAUGGUCCCCAAUGAAGGACUUCAGUAUCAGGGAAUUAUCCAGUUACUUUUGUAUUUCGGAUGGAAAUGGGUUGGGCUCAUCACUACAGAUAAUGAAGCUGGAGAACGUUUCUUGCAGACUAUUGAGCCAAUGCUUUUCAAGAAUCAGAUCUGUUCUGCAUUCACAGAAAUGAUUGAGUACCAUCUGCAUUUCAAACAUAACAUGCUUAAUAUGGUCCACUCAUUUCUGAAGAGGAUCUCAUUCAACAACAGUGGUGGUGAUGAAAUCACAUUAAAUGAAUAUGGAGAGUUAGCAGCUGGCUUUGAUAUUACAAAUUUAGUCACUUUCCGAAACAGGUCAUAUGUCAGGGUCAAAGUGGGGAGGCUGGAUCCUCAGGGCCCCUCCUGGCAAAGAGCUCACCAUCAAUGCCGACAGAAUCAAAUGGCACAGUGGCUUCACUCAGAGAUGGAAAUAUGUGUCAGGUGCCCUGCAGGUCAGUAUCCAAAUGAAGACCAGGAUCACUGCAUUUCAAAGAGACCAAAUUUCCUGGGCUUUGAUGAAACUUUGGCCAUUGUUUCAAUUUUCUCUGUACUUUUAUUCUCUCUGAUCACAAUUCUUGUGCUUGGCAUCUUCAUUAAGUACAGGGACACUGCCAUAGUCAAAGCCAACAACAGAAGCCUCACCUACAUUCUCCUAUUCUGCCUCCUCUUGUGUUUUCUCUGCUCCUUGAUGUUCAUUGGAACACCUAAGCAGGCAACCUGCCUUCUCCGACAAACAAGUUUUGGCAUCGUCUUCUCUGUGGCCCUCUCCAGCAUCUUGGCCAAAACUAUAUCAGUGGUUUUGGCAUUCAUGGCUACCAAGCCAGGAUCCACAAUCAGGAGAUGGGUAGGCAAAAAGCUGGCAUAUUCCAUUGUCCUCUCCAGCUGCAUUGUUCAAGUAGGAAUCUGUGCCUUCUGGCUGGCAACCUCUCCCCCAUUCCCCGAUGUGGACAUGCACUCAAUGAGUGAAGAAAUCAUAUUUCUUUGUAAUGAAGGUUCAGUCCUCAUGUUCUACUGUGUUUUGGGCUACAUGGGCUUCCUGGCCACUGUCAGCUUCACUGUGGCCUUCUUAGCCAGAAAGUUGCCGGACAGCUUCAAUGAAGCCAAGUUCAUCACCUUCAGCAUGUUAGUCUUUUGCAGUGUUUGGCUUUCAUUUGUUCCAACUUAUCUGAGCACCAGAGGAAAAUACAUGGUGGCUGUGGAGAUCUUCUCCAUCUUGGCUUCUAGUGCUGGAUUACUGGGUUGCAUCUUUUUUCCAAAAUGCUACAUUAUUGUGGCGAGGCCUGAGCUGAACAACAGAGAGCAGCUGAUACGGAAAAAGAUAUAA